GUCGUGCGUAUUUUUAGAAAACGGCGAUAAUUGUCACAACCCAUGGAAAAAUAGUACAUCCACUAAUACUAUAAAAACUACCGAGCACGAUCGGAAAAUUGCAGUUCAAUUUAAAACAUUGCAAGAUGCAGUCCUGUUUGAUUAUAGCUCUGGCCGUUCUGAGCCUGGCAAAUGCCGUACCCAAUGAUCCGGAGAGUCACGCACCAACUGAGUCCAAGUCGGAGUCGGAGUCGGAGUCGGACAGGAUUCAUUUGUGCGAAUUUCUAGCAUCUUUCGUUGAAAUUAAGCGGGGACUUCAUGGGGUCAUAUUGGGAUACGACAUGAACUAUAUGGCCAGGGCAAACGAGCUUGUAGUCGAGAAGUCAGCUCUAUUGAAGGACAUGCUAAGCGAGGAAACUGCGGCCGCGGAGCAAGAACUCUUCGAUGACGUUAAAAGAUUUGAAGAAUCCAGCAAAACGGGAAUUCGACAAGUAAAAAAUUUAAUGAAAAGCCUUGAUAGGAAGUUCAAAACUAAAUACCGGUGUUAAAUUCAAGGGCAGUACCUGUGAAAGACUGAAAAAAUGUCCCCAGUUAUGGGACAUUUUCUCUACUCUUCGGACCAUGAUGUUGUUGGUCAAAGGUACAAAAAGUCGUGCCUGCGGAUUUUAUCUAAUCUUUUUUAAGAAUGUUAAGGUUUUUUUUUAAGUUUAUUGUUUGCUAAAUUGUGCUAAACAUCCCAGAUCCAUAAAAUGUUAUUAAUUGCAUUAGGGGAAACAUUAAUGAUAAAAACAUGAAGCUUGUGUCCAAGAAA